CAAGUUAGGCUUGCCGCCUGCACAAUUUUUAGGGAAGUUUGCGCGUCAAUUGCCGUACAACAGUUGUAUUUCAUAAGAUAAUUUAGCAAAAUGGGUGCCUAUUUAUCAGAACCAGUUACUGAAAAGAUGUCUAGUGAUGAAGUAAAUGAUAAACUAGAAUGCGGUGCAAGUUCCAUGCAGGGCUGGCGUGUCAACCAAGAGGAUUCACAUAAUACUAUUUUAGAUUUUGACGAGAACACAUCACUGUUUGCUGUAUAUGAUGGGCACGGCGGUGCAGAGGUUGCUACAUAUUGUUCGCAAAACUUACCAAAUUUUAUCAAGAACACAGAGGCAUACAAAAGUGGUGAUAUGGUAAAAGCUUUAACAGAUGCAUUUCUUGGAUUCGAUGCUAGUAUUGCCACAAAAGAGGUUAUGGAUAUAUUGAAAGAAUUGGCGGGUGAAAUUAACCCACCAGGUGCAAGUGAUAAUGAUGAAUCAGAAGAUGAAAAUAUAAGCAGUCUAUAUAAAGACGCUAGACUUCCGUUACAGGAAGUGUUGGCGAAAUAUGAAAAUAAACUGAUGUCUCUACACCGAUCAAGACUAGGUGAUACGGCAACACCACUGUCACCCUGUCUGCGAGCCAAGAAAAAUGCUGAAGAACCAGGAGGUGCCGGGGCUUCAAGUUCAAAUCAAGAAUUUGUAGAAGUAGCAGAGUCAAGCUCUGAACAAAACAAUGAUGAGGCUACGUCUAGCAGAAAUGGUUUGUGUACCACAGAAGAAACAAAAAAGACUGAAGAUGAUACAAGCGGGGUAUCUUCGACAAAUUCUAAUGAUGAGGACAAAGAAGUGAAUGGUGAGGUAUCCACAAGUGAACAAAAUAACAGUGUAGACACUGUACCUAUGGACAUGGAUAAAACCGCAACACCAGACAGCUCUGGAGAGAACUGCAAUCAACCGGAACAAAGUGCUGAUUCUAAAAAGUCUAAAAAUGAUUCUGUUUCUGAAGGGUGCAAUGGAGAAGUUUCAAACUCGAAAGUUGAUGUAGAAAAUAAUAUCAGUUCAUCAAAUGGCUCAGCGACCCCAGUUAAAUCAGAUUCAGCUAAAGAUAAAACACCAUCAGUAUCUAGUUCAGACAAAGCAACUCCGGAAAGGCCAAAAAAAUCUAAACUGCGUAGGGCUGCAGCAGCUGUAUAUGAAACACUUUUGAGACAAGCACCUGCUGACGACGAUGAUGACGAUGAAAGUGAUUCAAAUGAUGAAAACUUUGAGGGUGGUGAGGUGAAUUCCUCUGAUGAAGAAAAUGUUAAUGGAGUAGAGGAGUCUUCUAAUGACAGUGAAGCAGAAGAAGAUGAUGAAGAGGAAGAAUAUGAAGCUGAAUCAAGUGAUGAAGAAGGAGACUUCAGUAUGGCAGAGGAACCUGGGAAUGAUAGCGGUUGCACUGCUGUUGUAGCUCUUCUUAAAGGCAAAGAAUUGUAUGUGGCAAAUGCUGGUGAUUCCCGUUGCAUAAUAUGUAGAGAGGGCAAAGCAAUAGACAUGUCAAUAGACCACAAACCAGAAGACGCACCAGAAUUAGAAAGGAUCACAAAAGCAGGAGGCAAAGUUUCAAAUGAUGGCCGUAUCAAUGGUGGACUCAAUUUGUCACGAGCCAUCGGAGAUCAUUCAUACAAGCAAAACAAAGAUUUAGAUGCUAAGGAGCAAAUGAUAACAGCUCUACCAGAUGUGAAAACCUUAACAAUCGAACCAGAAAAGGAUCAGUUUAUGGUCUUAGCAUGUGAUGGGAUAUGGAACUUUAUGUCUAGUCAAGAUGUUUGUGACUUUAUCCUACCUCGAUUGGCAGAGGGAAGAGAGAGGUUAUCGCAAAUAUGUGAAGAGAUGUUUGAUCACUGCUUGGCACCAAGUACAAUAGGAGAUGGGACAGGCUGUGACAACAUGACUGCGAUUUUAGUGCGAUUUAAAGACGGCAUUAUUGCAGAUGUAGGACAAUACACAAAUAACGUUGAAGGUCCGAAAAAACGCGCAGCUGAUGAAAGUGACGACCAACAAGAUUCAAAAAGGCAGAAAGUUGAUGAUCCUCUAUCAAGUUCAAUAGUGACUUCAAGUGUUUAGAACUUAGGUCAUAAGUAUACAGUGUUCAAGCCACAUGGAGGAUAGUAAAAGGCUAGAGACAUUGCAAUGAUUUGCUGCUGUAGUUUCUACCUACAGGAUAUCCCCUAGAUACUUUUGAACUUUCUACAAAAACUCUGAAAAAUAACAUUUUGAUUACAUAUUAAAAUUGUUUUUCAGUCUUCUGGAAUGUAAGACAAUUUAUUUCUUGAAUAUUGUGUUUAUAUUUAAUCAUGAUUUAUUAUUAUAAAAUGUUUGAGGAUGAUUGAUUC